AGGGCUGCGCCCGCCUCCUUCCUGCCGCCGCGACCCCGGGCCCCGAGGGCGGGCCUGAGCCCAGAGGAGGAGGAGGGGGAGCGGCUGGCGGGUCAUGCCCUGGUUACCCCGCGCCGCGCUCCUCUGGGACGUGGUCCUGGGCUUUGGGGGCACCGCCGCCUUCCUGAUCGACCUGGGCGCCGACCUGUGGGCCGCGGGCCAGUACGUGGUCAGCGGCCGCUACCUGUGGGCCGCGCUGGUGCUGGCGCUGCUGGGCCUCGCCUCGGUCGCGCUGCAGCUCUUCAGCUGGCUCUGGCUGCGCGCCGACCCCGCCGGCUUGCACGCGCCGCAGCCCCCGGGUCGCUGCCUGGCGCUGCUGCACCUCUUGCAGCUGGGCUACCUGUACAGGUGUGUGCAGGGGCUGCAGCAGGGGCUCCUGGUGUGGCGGCAGGAGGCGCCCUCGGAGUUUGACUUGGCUUACGCCGACUUCCUGACCCUGGACAUCAGCAUGCUGCGGCUCUUUGAGACCUUCUUGGAGACGACUCCACAGCUCACGCUGCUGCUGGCCAUUGUGUUGCAGAGCGGCCGGGCCGAGUCCUACCAGUGGGUCGGCAUCUGCACGUCCUUCGUGGGUAUCUCGUGGGCGCUCCUUGACUACCACCGGGCCUUGCGCACCUGCCUCCCGUCCAAGUCGCUCCUGGGGCUGGGCUCCUCUGUGGUCUACUUCCUGUGGAACUUGCUGCUGCUGUGGCCCCGAGUCCUGGCCGUGGCCCUCUUCUCAGCUCUCUUCCCCCACUAUGUGGCCCUGCACUUCCUGGGCCUGUGGCUGGUGCUGCUAUUCUGGGUCUGGCUUCAGGGCACAGACUUCAUGCCAGACUCCUGCUCUGAGUGGCUGUACCGGGCAACGGUGGCCACCAUCCUUUAUUUCUCCUGGUUCAACGUGGCUGAGGGCCGCACCCGAGGCCGCGCCACCAUCCACCUGGUGUUCCUCCUGAGUGACAGCGUUCUCCUGGUGGUCACCUGGGUGACCCACAUCGCCUGGCUGCCCGGCGGGAUCCCACUGCAGAUGCUGCUGCCUGUGAGUGGCAUUUGCUUCCUCUUGGGCCUGGCUCUACGGCUUGUGUACUACCGCUGGCUGCACCCUAGAUGUCGCCAGGAGCCCGACCGGGUGGAUGGGGCCUGGGGCCUCCGUUCCCUUGAGUGGCGUCGGCUACCUCAGAACAGGCGCAUGGCCCAGCUGGCUCAGAGCUUUUUCCCCAGGGUCAGGGAUGAGGCUGCUUUGCCACAGAAGGGAGAGGCGAAUGGGGUCCUUUGAGGCAAGGCCAGACCCAGCAGGUUCAGAACAGAUGGAAUCAACUGGUAAAAUGCAGAAGAUAAGCUAAUUUUGCUGCUAUGGGUGUUGAUUCACCCCAGAAGCACUUACUGCCUGAUGUGCCGGGCACUGGCGACCAGAGUUGAGUAAGACAGAGGCCUGGCUUCAAGGAUGAGAACAAGAUGAGGACGGCUGGGCCCUGGGAGUCAUGGGCUCUGAUUACGUACAAGACACUUUGGGAGGAAAGAAGAGACCCCCUGCCCCACCGCCUACCCCCACCCCGCCAGCCAGUAGAGCUGGUUCCCCAAGGCUCUUAGAGCUGGCCUUUAACCUCCCUGGCCACCUCUAAACCAAUUGGUGAAGGUGCUGUCCCAGUGCCUGGCUCCCCGAUCCUUGGCUAGAAGGCCCAGGAUCUCCGGGACGUGUUCAGAAUUCUUCCUUUCUGCCCCACCUGUCACUCUGUUCAUCUGACAAAUGUUUACCGAGAGCAACUUCUGUGCCUGGAAUAUUCUAUCCUUGGAACCUGGAACAAGAUGAGCUGCCACCCAAGCUUCAUCCCUUGCCCUCUCCAGCUACUCCUGAGUAGGCUGCCAUGCGGGAAGCCAGGGGUGUCCCAACUGGCCACCCUGUCAGCCUCCUCAAGGCCUCGGCACAGCUGGCCCAGCCUCUGGCCCUGCUCUCAAGUAAGCCACCUUUCAACCAAAUGCUUGUGAACCUGUGGUCUGGGCCAUGGCUCAGCCCAGAGAGUAUUUUUAUACUUUAGGCAGUAUACUUUCUACCUCAGAGUCUAUGUGAGAGCAAGAGAAGGGGUGUGCAUAUGUGUCUCUGCAAGUGAAGGACAUGUAUGUGUUGUUUUUGUUUAACAGUAUUAUUAUUAAAACCUCAUGAAACCCUCCAA